AUGGCGGAGCUUGCUGUUGGUUUAGCCAAAUCGGUGGUCGAGGGGACACUGAGCAAGGCCCAGGCGGCGAUCGCGGAGGAGGCGAAGCUGCGUGACAGCGCGCAGCGUGACCUUGUGUUCAUCACCGGGGAGUUCCAAAUGAUGCAGUCCUUCCUGAAGGUGGCCAACACGGAGCGUGUGGAGAACCCGGUGGUGAUGACAUGGGUGAGGCAGAUCCGCGAACUGGCCUACGACGUCGAAGAUUGCAUCGAGUUCGUCGUCCACCUCGACAAGAAGAGCAGCUGUUGGUGGCGAAUGAUCCCCGGGUGCAUAUCAACGUCACUGCCGCUGGAUGAGGCGGUGGACGAGAUUGAGCAGCUCAAGGCGAGGGUGGAGGACGUGAGCACCAGGAACGCCCGCUACAGCCUCAUCAGCGACACCGGUUCUAAGCCCGUCGUCGUGCAGCAGCAGCAGCCGCCGCCCGCAACAGCAGCGGUCAGCAUGCUCAUCGGUACCGGGAAAAGGCAGCAGCAAGGAGAUCUCAGCCAGCUGCUCGCCGAUGACAAGAUCCGUGUGAUCUCUGUGUGGGGUACUGGUGGCGAUCUUGGUGUCACUUCCAUCAUCUGGAAGGCAUACAAUGAUCAAGAAAUCCGCCAGAAAUGCACCUGCCGUGCUUGGGUGAAGCUCAUGCAUCCUUUUGAUCCCGAUGUGUUCGUCCGGUGCUUGAUGGUUCAGUUCUAUGCAAACGCGGGCAAGGAACAAGAAGGAGAACUCAUAGGCGUAGAUGUCCUGAAGAGGACGUCGGAAGCCACCCAAAGCAAUUACCUCGACGAGUUUGUGCGGCGAGUCAGCAACGACAGGUGCCUCGUUGUCUUGGAAGGUCUGUCCAGCAUGGCAGACUGGGAUGCUAUCACCAAGUUUUUUCCUUCAAGGAAGAAUCGCAGUUGCAUCAUCGUCUCCACGCAGCAGCAAUCCGAAGUUGCAAGCUUGUCCGUCGGACAUCCUUACCAUGUAUUGGAACUUAACCAGUUUUCGGUCGACCACACCAUUUACGCCUUCUACAAACAGAUAUCUCAAGGAGCGAAAGGUGCGCAGACGACCACUGAUAAAAUUAAAGAAGCCCAAGAUUGGAUGACGGAGCAUCCCCUCAUUGGACGCGAUUCAGAAAUGAUUCAUCUCCGCCAAUAUACAUCGAAGGCACGUUUUGAAGGGUUCCAUGUUAUGUCCGUGUGGGGCAUAGCUGGUGUUGGGAAAUCUGCUCUCCUCAAAUUUUUGUUCUGCGACACAAUUCUUCGUGAUAGCAAACUCCAUGAGCGACUCAAGAAGACCCAAUUUGAAAAGUAUGCUUGGGUGGAUGUAUCCUAUCCGUUCAAUUUGAGGGAUUUCUCUCGGAGUUUACUUUUGAAUUUUCACUCCCAUAAGCUUCAAGCCCACAUGGACUGUGAUAUUGAUACAGUGGGAAGCAAUAACCCCAUCGCAGAGUGUCGUGGGAUUCUGGAGCGGUGCAAAUGCCUCGUCGUCAUUGAUGGUCUGCAGUCCGUGAAAGAAUGGGACAUGAUACAAGCUGAAUUGGUAUCUGGGUCUUCUCAAAACUGUAUCAUCAUCAUUACCACUGAAGCUGGUGUCGCCAGAGGUUGCCGGGGAAAUAAGGGAGAGCUCGUGUUUAAUGUCAAAGGUCUACAAGCUGAUGCAGCCUUUGAACUCUUCAAAAAGGAGUUGUCUAGAAAGUAUGAAUUACCUGCUAUAACUGGCAAUGAAGCUGCGGAGCUAGGAGAACUAAUAUCGAAGUGUGGUGGACUGCCCAAAGUAAUAGUUGAUAUAGCCAGAUCAUUGGCCACCAAGUCAGCUGGACGGAUGGAAGGUGCACGUUCUAUCAAUGGUAAUUUCAUGAAUGACCUCGAAAACAACCGAGUGUUUGAUACUCUACAUGGUCUGUUUACCUGGAUGCAUAAUUACUUCCGUACUUGUCUCGAUUCCCUCAAACCAUGUAUCUUCUACCUGUCGAUUUUCCCUCGAGAGCACGUCGUCCGUCGAAGGAGACUAGUGAGGCGGUGGAUCGCAGAGGGAUACUCAAGGGAUAACGAUGAAGAAUCUGCAGAGCACAAUGGGGAGAAGCAGUUCUCUGAACUGCUUGAUCUGAGCAUAGUCCAACAGUCACAAGAAAAUACUGCAGUAGCGGACAUGAGGAUGGUCUUGUGCCAAGUGAAUGGCUUUAUUCGUGAGUACAUUGUCGAACGGAGAAUGGAAGAGAACCUUGUCUUUGAACUCGGCUGUAAUUGCACCCUAACCACCCAACGGACCGGGCGUCAUCUUGUCAUAUUGAAAGAUUGGGACAGAGACAGUAUUGUGUUCAAGAGCAUUGACUUCUCGCGGCUACGGUCGCUUACAGUAUUUGGCAGCUGGAAAUCAUUCUUCAUUUCUGAAAGCAUGAAACUGCUGAGGGUGCUUGAUCUGGAGGAUGCAACCGGCCGUGUUGAGCACCAAGAUCUAGAGAAUAUGGUGAAAUGGCUGCGUCGCCUAAAGUUCCUCUCACUGCGAGGACGCCGUGAGAUCCACCGUCUACCAAGUUCACUGCAUCAUCUGAGACAGCUCCAGAGUUUGGAUGUCCGACACACCUCCAUAGUUACCCUGCCAGAGAAUAUCAGAAAGUUAGAGAAGCUGCAGUAUAUACGUGCCGGCACCACUGAUGUACCGGUUUCAGCACCACCACCACAUAUUUCAUCCAGCUGGUUCUGCAAACCUGGUGUCCUAGUCGGUGUUGAGGUUCCUAGAGGGAUUGGAAACCUGACGAUGUUGCACACACUUGGUGUCGUCGAUGUUGCUGCUUCAGGGUCAAAGACCUUUGUGAAAGAUCUGAAGAAGCUGACCCAACUUCGGAAGCUUGGAGUGUGUGGCAUCAACAAAAAGAACGGUAAAUAUUUUUUCUCUGCAAUAAAGGAUCAUGUGCAUCUGGAGUCCUUGACAGUGCUGAUCAACAAGAACAAUAAUCAGGGUUGUUGCUUCAAAAAGGACCAUAAUCAAGGUUGCUUGGAGUUGGAGGACAUGAUUUCUCUGCCAUGCAAGAACCUAAAGAGCCUUAAGCUGCACGGGCUUGAAGAAUCAUUGCCAAAAUGGGGGAGCAACCAGCUUAGCAAGCUCGCAAAGCUGGAUUUAGAGAUGGACACUUUAACAGGAAUCGACGUGAAGUUCCUUGGCGAGCUACCACAACUAUCUAUUCUUCGUGUCAAGCAGCUCCAAGAUAGAGAGCUCAGUUUUCGCGUUGUUGUGAAUAAUGUGGAGGACGAUUCUUAUCGAAACGUCAAGGUCCUCCAGAUUGCUUGUGGUUGCAGCUCCAGCAACCUACACGUGACUUUUGGGUCAAGCACAAUGGAGAAACUUGAGCUUCUCGAGGUAGACUGCUGCGGUGGGUCACCGUCAUACCAGUUCUCUGGCCUGGAGAAUCUAGGAGAACUCAAGCAAGUCUUGCUACUUAACAGUUCCAACGCCGAAACACUAAAGCUAAAACUUCAGACACAGUUGGCCAAGCACCCAAACAAACCUGUUGUGAAGCUGGAGGAACCACGACCCUCUUCCUGA